AUGUCCGUGGGCCCAUCCAGUUCGGCGCCGGAUGUGCUGCCCUCCCAAGGUGGAAAAUACUACAAAAACAUUGCGUUAUACGAGAACUCUCGAGCUCAGAUCGGGGAUGUGAUCAAAAUUGAGCUUCUCGAAAAUGCCGCGAGAGAGCUGCGGGAAGAUUGUCUCCACGACCUCUUUCUAACCGACCCGGUCGAGGACAAAAACGCCCUGAAGCGCAAGAAGGGCAACCGCGCUGCCGACACAUGCGAAUGGAUCCUCAGAACUAAAUUACUCACUACCUGGCUAGAUACAGGGCAGGUAAUGAAGUCAGAAAACCCAGCUACUGACAUCCUGUGGCUGUAUGGGAAUCCAGGCAGCGGAAAGUCGAUCAUGUCAAUCUUCCUUGCCGAAGAGCUCUCAAAUAGAUUCUCCGCCAUGGAUGGGAAGACACUCAGCUACUUUUUCUGUGACUCAAGUUUUGACAAGCGGAAGACAGCUACAUCUGUCAUCAGAGGACUUCUCUGGCGGCUUCUCCAAGAGCACCCGCCACUUCUCGAGUAUGUGCUGCCGAAGUAUGCAGAGCGCCGGGGGGAACUGUUCAAAUCGUUCGACGCUCUCUGGGCGAUAUUCAUGGAUAUCGCCGCGGAUAGGGCCACCGGGCGGAAGUAUUGCAUCAUUGACGCCCUAGACGAGUGCGAUCGAGAGUCCCAAGAUAUCCUAUUGAGAGAAAUAGCGGAGACCUUCGGCCCUGCCAGCUCUUUAACCCGAGUUUCAAAUAUUCGGAUAUUAAUUACUAGUCGACCCUAUCCUGAGAUAGGUGAAUAUCUUAGAGAAUUCACAAAUAAAAACAUAGCUUCAUUCCGAGAAUCAACGAGAGACAUUCAGCGAUUUAUCAAUGAAAAGGUCGCUGUCCUUAUGAAAAGAAAACACUACUCAAAGCAGGUCACAAAUCAAGUCACAAACACUCUCAAAGACAAGGCAGAAGGAACCUUCCUGUGGAUCGGUUUGGCCUGCGAAGAGUUGGAUAAGGUAGCUUCGAAAGAUGCUGUCAACUACCUCCAGGCGUUACCCAAAGGACUUCACUCGCUCUAUAAGAGGCUUCUCGACACAGCCCUUGAACCGGAGAGAGGGGAAAGGGAUACAAUAAAAAGCAUUUUGAGCUCCGUCGUGGCAUCCCUGCGACCACUCAGCCUGUCAGAGCUCUCUGUAGCUUGUCGGCUUCAUGAGGAAAAGGAUGAGGAAACUCGGAUCCAAUCCACACGCGACGAGGUCGCAUCUUGUCGUCUAAUGUUGAUAAUCCAGGACGAUAAGGUGCUCCUCCUACAUCAAUCCGUCAAGGACUUCCUGGUUGGGUCUCGUGCCGAUCGCUUCAUCCACGGACCGGAGGCGCAUGCCGGCUUUGCGCACCGCUGUGUUGAUCAGCUCAUUUGGUGGCAUAAUCAGGAGCCCAACAUUGAGUCAAACGAUAGCUUUCUCUCCUACUCAGCCCAGUUCUGGGCUGACCAUGCACGCAUGGCCCAUCCAGAGUUCAUCAUUAAGAAGUCGGAAGCCACAUUCUUUAAGAUUCAUUCCGACUGUCGAGAACAUUGGUUGGCCAUCUACAGAGCCGGUUUCGACGACUCCAUUGCGUCACGGUUUUCCAUAUUCCACGUGGCCGGCCACUGGGGAAUUCGCAGUCUCGUGGAAUUUGCUCUUGACUCACGAAACUACCGGACGUUAACGCCCGAGUAUGUCGACACUGAUUAUAUCGCUAGUGACGGGGUGUCACCCCUGGAGGAGGCAGCAAGGUCGGGGCACAAAGACGUCAUAACUUGUCUAUUGAGUCGAGAAAAGAAUGGCUCAACUGUGCGUCCGCAGAUACAAAUAGCCGCGGCAAGAAACGAGAAGCAUGGCAAGGAAGUCUUGGAGCUGCUUUUCGACCAGCGUGGGGACAUUACCGAGGAAGUAGUCAAGGCUGCAAUGCAGAAUUGGACGAAUGGCGUGGAACUGAUAAGACUUCUUCUCCAAAGGCGGGGAGAUCAAAUCAUUGUCACCGAAGAAAUUGUGAAAGCUGCAGCGCAGAAUUGGAUGAAUGGUACAGAACUCAUGGCACUUCUUCUCGACUGGAGGCAUAUCCAAGUCAGGAUCACUGACGGGCUUGUGAUAACGAUGGCGGAGUCUUUUGAUGACCAGGUGUUUGCACGCCUGCUGAAUCGUUGGGGGAACGAGAUCACGAUUACCCCAGAAGUGAUUAAGGCUGCAUCAGGGAAUGAGCAAAAUGGCAAGGAAGUUGUGGCAUUGCUUCUCGACCGACGAGGCAACCAGGUCCCGAUGACUGAGGAUGUGGUGAGGGCUGCAGCAGGUAACGAGGAGAAUGGCGAAGCAGUCAUGGCGCUUCUUCUCGACCGACUGGGCGGUCAGAUCACGAUUACUGAGAAGACGGCGAAUAUGAUAGCACAACUAUUUAACGAACGAAUAAUGGCACUUCUUCUCGACCGAUGGGGGGAUCAGAUCACUAUCACCGAGGGUGUGAUAGAGGCCGCAGCAAGUAACAAGGAGAAUAGCAAGGCAGUUAUAGCGCUUCUUCUCGGCCGACGGGGCAACCAGAUCACGAUUACUGAGGGUGUUGUAAAGAGGAUAGCACAACUAUUUAACGAAGGAAUAAUGACACUUCUUCUCGACCGAUGGGGGGAACAGAUCACCAUCACCGAGGGUGUGAUAGAGGCCGCAGCAAGUAACAAGGAGAAUAGCAAGGCAGUUAUGGCGCUUCUUCUCGGCCGACGGGGCGACCAGAUCACUAUCACCGAGGGUGUGAUGAUGGCUGCAGCGAAUAAUUCAAGGAGUGGCAAGGAAGUGAUAACACUUCUUCUCGACCAACGGGGUGAUCAGAUCACCAUCACCGAGGGCGUGGUGGAAGCUGCGGCAGGCAACAGGAAGAAUGGCAAGGCAGUUAUGGCGCUUCUUCUCUGCCGCAGGGAGAGGCAGAUCACAAUUACCACGGAGGCCGUGAAGACGGUAGCACAACAUUUUGACGAACGAAUAAUGGCGCUUCUUCUCGACCGGUGGGGUGACCAGAUCACGAUUACUGAAGAGGCUGUAAAGGCGUUGGCGCAACGGUUCGGCCAACAAAUAAUGAGACUACUUCUCAAUCAACGAGCCACUCAGAUCACGAUCACCAAUGAUAUAGUGAAGGCAGCAGUGACCAAUUCAAGGAGUGGCAAGGAAGUGAUGGCGCUUCUUCUCGACAGGUGGAGUGACGAGAUCCCGAUCACUGAGGAUUUGGUUGGGGCAGCAGAUAAUAAUUCGAGGAGUGGUAAGGAAGUGAUGGCGCUUCUUCUCGACAGAAGGAGUAACCGGAUCACUAUCACCGAGGGUGUGGUAAAAAGAAUAGCACAACGGUUUGACGAAAAAAUACUAACACUGCUUCUCGACCGAUGGGGCGAUCAGAUCACCAUCACCGACGCUGUGAUAGAGGCCGCAGCAAGUAACGAGGAGAAUGGCAAGGCAGUUAUGGCGAUUCUUCUCGACCGACGUCGCAACCAGAUUACUAUUACUGAGGGUAUAGUAAAGGCUACGGCAAGUAACGAGAAGAAUGGCGAGGAAGUGAUGGCGCUUAUACUCCGCUGCAGGGGGAGGCAGAUCGCGAUUACCACGGAGGCUGUAAAGAUGAUAGCACAGCUGUUUGACGAACGAAUAAUGGCGCUUCUUCUCUAUCGAUGGGGUGACCAGAUUACCAUCACUGAAGAUGUGGUGGAGGCCGCAGCAGGUAAUGCGAAGAAUGGUGAAGCAGUCAUGGCGCUUCUUCUCGGCCGACGGGGCGACCAGAUCACUAUCACCGAGGGUGUGAUGAUGGUUGCAGCGAAUAAUUCAAGGAGUGGCAGGGAAGUGAUAACACUUCUUCUCGACCGACGGGGCGACCAGAUCGCUAUCACUGAGGCUAUAUUGAAGGCUGCAGCAGGUAAUGCGAAGAAUGGUGAAGCAGUCAUGGCGCUUCUUCUCGACCGACGGGGCGACCAGAUCGCUAUCACUAAGGCUAUAUUGAAGGCUGCAGCGGGUAAUGCGAUCAAUGGUGAAGCAGUCAUGGCGCUUCUUCUCGGCCGACGGGGCGACCAGAUCACUAUCACCGAGGGUGUGAUGAUGGCUGCAGCAAAUAAUUCAAGG